CUAGCACAGUUGGUCUUCUAAUGCACAUGAAUGGGACAUAUAGAGCUCAUUGGGCUGAUCGUUUGGGGUUAUGUAAGGGUGGUGGUGCUCCAUUAGCAUUUGGAUGUAUCAAGGGUAUGGGAGGUCCAGUUCCUAGCACAUUAAUUGGAGUCACACGGAUAUACCCUGUUCUCUACAAGGAAAGGUUAAGUAAUGGGGGAUUUAUUGUGAGAUCAGAGAGAAUGGAAGCUAAAAUGAUACAAUUAUACAAACAGAGGUGAUUUUGUCUUACCUUAGGAAGCAAACUGCAAAUGCUAAAUUGUUUGCCUUCUGAAUAUUCAUUUUUGGCCUUUACUAUGUUCAUCAUUACCAGCUUGAAUAUAAAUUUCAGUUUGUCUAUAAAUUUCAGACUAAAAUGAUUAGUUUAUUGACAAACUAAAUGAUGAUUUUUUUACUUCAUUAGUUUGGAGAAACUGACACUACAAUGUCAAUAAAAUGACUUACUUUAUU